ACUCAUAAAACUUAAAAAGGCAUUUCUAUUUAGAUAUGUAGUAAUUUCUAAUAAAAAUGAAUAGUUAAUAAUUGAUAUCUGUUUUGUUCAUGUUUGUCAGGAGGAAGUAGAUGUUUGGUGUUGAUCUCAGUGGGUCUCGGGCUCAUUUGUGUUCUUCUACUGGUCUUCAUCAUACUGCUCAACAUCACCAUCACAGCAGAGAGAGACAUGAUAAAGAGUUACAAGAACACCAUUGAAGAGUUCAAUCAAACCAUCAACAGCUUAAAGCACAAUAACACUGAUCUAACACAGAAGAACCUGGAGCUGGAGACCACAGUCAAAGAUCUCACUGCUGAGAAAAACCAGUUACAGAGAGAUUUUGAUUCUUUGAACAAGAAGGGUCCAGUUUGUUUCUUCAUGUCCACUGAGUUGAGCUGGUCUGACAGCAGACAGUACUGCAGGGAUCGUGGAGCUGAUCUGGUCAUUAUCAACACUGAAGAGAAGCAGAGGUUCAUAUCUUCAUUAGUCAGUGAGAAAGUGUGGAUUGGUUUGUCUGACAGAGAGAACGAGGGCGUCAUGAAAUGGGUGGAUAAUUCAACACUGAAACAAGGGUUUUGGCUCAAAGAUGAGCCAAACGACUACAAUGGAAAUGAGGACUGUAUUGAACUGAAUUAUAAUAGAGAGAAGCCGGGAUGGUCACCACUGAACGACUGGAAUGAUCUUUCAUGUUUUGAGAAGAAAAAGGGGAUUUGUGAGAAAUAG